AUGACGACGGACCUUCUCCUUCUGCUCGAGGAGGCUCCCUGGAGUGUGGCCGUCUUGUGCCUCGCCUCCCGCUUGUGCCGUGGAGCUUGCUUUUCGGAGCUGUCCGAAAUAAUCCGAGUCAAUGAAACCCUCCGACUUGCCCUCGCCGGCCAGGCUGUGUUCUUAGAUCUACGGCGCUCAUUUCCUCCUCCUCAUUGGAUUGGACGGAUACGGUUUACACUGCACGCUUUGACCUUGAGGGGGAGAGUGGACCGAUUCACGGUUCUUAAACUCCUCUGGACUUUGGCCGCCUUCUGCCUCACCUUCAGCUUGUGCCAUGAAGCCUGUUUUUUGGUGCAGCCCGAAAAAGUCCUGCUCUCCCUGGCAAUUGCCGGUCUCCUCCUGGCCUUGUGUGAAGGCGCCUGCUUCUCUGAAAAACUCUCACAUAAAGCCAAAGGAUGUGUGGAUAAAUAUGAUGGAAGCAAGCACCCUUUUGGUUCCACCUGGAAUACGGCCAAAUGCAUGCAGUGUCGGUGCGCUAGAUAUGAAAUGACCUGCUGUACCAGAUACGGUGGUGUUGUACAUGUCCCUGGAUGCACGGCAGUUGUUGACCCCAAAACCUGUACAAGCUGCACAAAGCUGGCGAUCCUUCCAAGCCAUGUAAAAAAGCGUAGAAACACUCUGUAUUUCCAUUCCCAUCAUGGGAUGAGAACCGAAGUAAAUCGCAUUGCUGCCCAACAUCUCUGUGUUGCUGGCAUCCUCAUUCAGCGAUCGUGAUCAGUGUGAUGCCAUGAUUGUUUUGCCUUUUGCCCUUAUUAUUCGGUCAUUGGGCGUGGGGGUGGCUUCUUCUGGCUUGGGAUCCUGGUGGCACGAAGCUUUUCUAGGGACAGCGCACAAGCUGGAAGGGAGAUGGCCACACCAGACAAGGACACCACACCAGGACAGAGCCACCACCUGCUAUUUGGCUGCAUCAAGGCUAUAGAAAUGGCGCUCUGUUUGAGCAAUUCUUUAAUCAUCUCUGAAAGCUGAUCCCUUCCCUUUAAUUCUCUGCUAGAACAAUGGCCCGACACAGCCACGCAUCCACAACUAAUUACUGAAUCAGUCAGGCGUGGACUACAUUUUGCAAAUUCCUCCACUGUCCCUUUUCCAGCUCCACAGGAAGAGAUAGAAACUAAGUUAAGUAAAGUUAAUUAUGGAGCUUGACAGUGACGUGUGUAAUUAAUUUGCUUGCUUCAUGCAUUCAUGACUUCUUGUGAGCCUCCUGAGGGACAGCGGCUGUGUGAACAGAACAAGGGGUUCAAUG